AUGUUUAAUCUCCGCGUUCUCUGUCAAGAUCAGCCACGACGGACAAUUGCAUUACUUGCUUCCGAUCAUGUCUUGAUCUUCCACUACAACGAAGCAGAGGGUGGGCCUAGAGCCGCCCCCCGCUGUCAGGUCGAAUUUCUCGAGGCUUCGUCCGUGGACCUUGCGGGAUAUCGAUCUUUGGGUGCUGGGUACGGCACUCUAGGUCUUGUUACGCUGAACGAAGAUGUUUUUGUUUGCGUGGUUACCGGCUCCUCGCAAGCGGCUACUGUGCGUCCCGCAGAAGCAGUUUCUAGGAUUGACAAUGUAGACUUCUAUUGUCUCAACCGAUCCGAAUAUGAGUAUGGCCUGGACUACGAAACUAGCUCCCAAUUCGCCGUCGAUGAGCGGCCUGGCACGGAUGGGAAAGAAGUUGUCACCGAUCAUCCGUUCCUGGCCUUGAAGAAGCUUCUUGGAGAUGGGAGUUUUUACUAUAGUCUCGAUUUCAACUUGACUGAUCGUUUGCAGGAUCGGUCGGAGAAAUCAGCCGCUUUUGACAUUGACUCAUUAGACGAGGACAUGUUGUGGAAUUCAUACAUGAUCCACCCCCUUCUUUUGUUCCGAAGUCACCUUCCACCUUACGACAAGGCAAAGCUCGAUGCAUCUCAAAUGUUGACAUGUGUCAUUCGAGGGUAUGCCGGUACACUGAAGAUCCCUGCAACAGUCUCAAUCUUGCCGAAAGUACGGACGAAUUUACCAGCUCUGUUGACCAUCAUCUCUCGGCAAUCCUCCCGGCGUGCCGGUACACGAUUCAACUCGCGAGGUAUCGAUGACGACGGAAAUGUGGCGAAUUUUGUAGAGACCGAGAUAGUUCUUUGGGUGUCUCCAGGGAUCUGCUUUUCAUAUGUGCAAAUUCGAGGCUCGGUGCCCAUUUUCUGGGAACAAACACCCGGACUGAUCCCUGGUCAGCAGAAGAUUGAAGUGACACGCUCGUUUGAAGCAACCCAGCACGCGUUCAACCAACACUUUGAGAGUUUGGAACUGGAGUACGGAGCUGUCCACAUUGUUAACCUACUCAGUGAACUCAAAUCUGGCGAGGCAGAUCUAUCGGCCAAGUUUCGAGAACAUAUUGCUCGAAGCUCUGUCAGGCAGAAAGAGGGGUUCCCGAGAUCUCCCCACCAAAGCCUUUUGCGAAUGACAGAUUAUGACUUCCAUGCCGAAACUCGAGGCCCCGCUGGAUAUGAAGCCAGUCAUCAAAUCAAGUAUGAAUUGGCCGACUCUCUGGACGGAUUUGCCUAUUUCCUAUCCGAGGAUAGUACCCGCCCGGCCUCUUCGAUCUUGGACAGAGAGGAUGCAGCCAGCACUUCGUCCAUCCUUCUUCAACAAGAAGGUGUUUUUCGAACUAAUUGUCUGGAUUGUCUUGAUCGGACAAACCUGGUUCAAACCAUCAUCAGUGCGAUGGCUCUGGGAGCCUUUUUAUCUCAGCAAGGUGCAAGACUUAGUUCGGACCUGCAAAUGCGACACUCCACCCUAUGGGCCGAUAAUGGAGAUGCACUUUCUAAGAUAUAUGCAGGAACUGGGGCCCUCAAGUCCUCUUUUACCCGCACUGGAAAAAUGUCUCUUGCGGGAGCGUUGGCAGACGCAAGGAAAAGCGCAACAAGACUCUACGUCAACAAUUUCACCGACAAAGCGCGACAAAAGACGAUUGACCUCUUGCUAGGUCGACUAGCAAACCAAAUCCCGGUUCAUCUCUAUGACCCAAUGAAUGAUCUAGUCACCGAAGACUUAAGUCGACGCGCGGCUGAAUACUCGUCUUCUAGGAAGAUUCGCAUGUGGGUUGGUACGUUCAACGUGAACGGUCGUGAUGAAGGUCCAGGCGCAGAUCUUUCUUCUUGGCUCUUCCCUGACGGGGAUCAUUCGAAGGAAGAUCCCACAAUAUUCGCCGUCGGGUUCCAGGAAAUUGUUGACCUCAGCCCUCAACAGAUCAUGUCAACUGAUCCAAGCAACCGCAAGGGCUGGGAAAGGGCCGUUCAAAAUUGUUUGAAUGAACACACGAGCGCGAGAGGAACCGGUAAAUAUGUCUUGCUGCGAAGUGGACAGCUUGUAGGCGCUGCCUUGAUGAUCUACGUAAAAGCAGAUGCGCUGAAGGAGAUCAAAAAUGUUGAAGGAGCUGUCAAAAAGACCGGUCUUUCCGGAAUUGCUGGCAACAAAGGAGGCUGUGCAAUCCGUUUCGACUUCUCAAACACGAGCAUCUGCUUCGUCACUGCCCAUCUGGCUGCUGGAUUUGGGAAUGACGAUGAACGAGAUCGCGAUUACGAAACAAUUGACCGUGGCUUGCGAUUCCAAAAGAAUCGAACUAUCGCCGACCAUGACUCCACGAUCUGGCUUGGUGACUUCAAUUAUCGAAUUGGUCUAGGCAACCACAUCGUUCGCGAUCUUGUAUCGCAAGGUGAUCUCCAGAAACUGUACGACAACGAUCAGUUGAAUCUGCACAUGGGCGCAGGAAGGGUUUUCCAAUUCUAUUCUGAAGGCCUCAUUACAUUCCCUCCAACCUAUAAAUAUGACGUUGGAACCGAUCAUUAUGAUACCUCUGAUAAGUCCCGAAUCCCCGCUUGGUGUGACCGCAUCCUGUGGAGAGGAGCCAACCUGCGACAGACACAAUACCAUACCGCCGAUCUAAGGUGUUCAGAUCAUCGACCAGUCUACGCCAAAUUCGAUUGUAUAAUUGACAUCGUCGACAUCGCACUCAAAGAUAAUCUCAGACGUUUACUCUACGAAGAGAAACAGCGCGAUGCGCUUUCCGAUACCAUCAAUCUGCUAGACAUGGAUGAUGAAGACAGUGCCCCGCAAGAUCCCAUUGCACCUGGCUUACCACCUGCGAGCUCUGAUCGAAGCAAAUGGUGGCUUGAUAAUGGCGUGGCUGCAAAAGCAGCGGUACAACCGCCAAAGGCCGGACUCGUUCCAAACCCUCAACGAAAAUCAAAUCCCUUUAGUAUGGACGACGAGCCGGACUGGAUCCCAGGCUCGAGAGAUACAGACCAGGGACCAGAUGCUCGUGUUGAUAGACGGCCAUUACCACCUCCCCGGCGGGGAACUUCAGGCAGAUCUAAAGAUAACAUGCAGUCUCCAGGAGGAGAUGCUCCUGUCGUGGAGAAAUCGCCGCCGGCGGUCCCUCGGAAACCAGUAUCGUUGAGCUCCCAAGCAACAGCUGGUCGAAUUCCCUCUGGAAGUUCUAGCCAAGAGAGAAGUGCUUCUCUACAAGGUAGUCCUAGUUUGAGGCAGACCGCAGAUGGAGGGAGAGGAGUGUCCAGUGCUGAGACAGGAGAUCUCUUAGGCGAUGCGUCAGGAGAACCUAUUGGGUGGAAGCCGCUACUUCCUCAGCGAUAA